AUGCUGCAAAAAACAGUCCUGAUCACCGGCUGCAGCUACGGCGGGCUUGGGUCGCACCUAGCCGAAGCCUUCGCCGCCCGAGGCUUCCAUGUCUUCGCGACGCUGCGCAACCCGGCCAAGGCCGGCGCACUCAGCGGCAUGGCAGGCGUGCAGGUCCUGGAGCUCGAGGUCACGUCGGCCGAGUCCAUCCAGUCCUGCGUGAAGGCGGUCGAGAAGACCACGGGCGGGAGCCUCGACGUCCUCGUCAACAACGCCGGCGCCGACCACACCCUCCCGCUCCUGGACACGCCCAUCGACGAAGCGAAGCGGCUCUAUGACCUGAAUGUCUGGGCGCCGCUCGCCGUCAUGCAGGCGUUCGCGCCGAUGGUCAUCAACGCGAAGGGGGCAAUCUGCAACAUCUCGUCGGUGUCGGCCGUCUGCAACUUCGCCUGGGCUGGGACGUACGCAAGCUCCAAAGCAGCGCUCACCACGCUGUCCGAGACGAUGCGCGUGGAGCUGGAGCCCUUCGGGGUGCGGGUGCUGACGGUGAUGCUGGGCGGCUGCGCGACCAACGCCCACGCGGGGAUGCCCGACCUGGUGCUUCCGCCGGGCUCGCGGUACCAGAAGAUCUGGGAGACGAUCGACCGCCAGAAGAAGGGCCUGAUCUACAAGAACAAGCAGGACCCGAAGGUGACGGCGCGGAACCUCGUGAGCGACAUCACCGGCGGCCGCAGCAGCUACGUCUGGCGCGGCGCUGCCGCCACGCUCUGCUGGUUCAGCACGACGUUCAUGCCUAACAGCAUGUUUGUGAAGAUGGUGAAUGAGGAUAAGGGGCUGAACGUACUGGCUCAAGGGAGCAAAUAA